AUGGUGGGCGGUGCCUCUCCCUUGUCUGACGGAAUCCAAGCCGCCACGGAUUACGGUUACUACGACUACGACUACAACUACAACGGCUCUUUGGUGAUCCUGGGGGAGGACGAGCCCCAGCAAUUUGGCAGGACAUUCUCCAGCGUUCUGUACACCCUGAUCUUCAUCCUCAGCCUGGUGGGGAACAGCUUCCUGCUCUGGGCUCUGCUGGUGCGGGAGGACCUGAGGAAGACCACCACGCUCUUCCUCCUGCAGCUGGCCGUGUCUGACCUGCUAGUCACGCUGACACUGCCCUUCUGGGCCGUCUAUCACCUGCACCACUGGGUCUUCAGCACGCCCGGCUGCCACCUCCUCGUCUUCCUCUUCUUCCUCGGCUUCUACGGCUACAUGGCGUUCCUGGCGGCGGUGACGGUGGACCGCUACCUGGCCGUGGUCCACGCCGUGCUGAUGCGGCGGCUGCAGUCUCGGCUGUGCGUCGCGCUCUUUAGUGCCUCCCUGUGGCUGGUGUGCGUCGCCGCGAGCGUCCCGGAGGCUGGGUGCAGGUCGGCCAGGCGGGCGCAGGCCGUGCGGCUGAUCUUCUGCAUGGUGCUGGGGAUCUUCGCCUGCUGGGCGCCCUACAACGUGGUGCUGAUCCUGGGCGCCCUGCAGCUCCUGGGCUGCCCCGGGCUGACAGGGCCCGAGGCCAAAGAGAGCCUGGCAUAUGCGUACUACGUGUGCCACGCCCUGGCCUACUGCCACUGCUUCCUCAACCCCGCCCUCCACGUCUUCGGCAGCGAAAGGUUCCGCAGUUACCUCUCCGUGGGCCUGCUGUUCCUGCUGCCGCUGGCCGUGGUGGUGUACUGCUACGCCCGGCACCGGACGGUGACCGUGGUGCUGUGCAUCGUGGCGGCCUUCUUCGUCUGCUGGGGCCCCUACAACGUGCUGCUGGUGCUGGAGGCCAUGUAUGGGACGGGGGGCACGGACUGUGACUCCCGGGUGCGGAUGGACCUGGCGCUGGCCUGCACCCGCGUCCUGGCCUACUGCCACUGCUGCUUCAACCCCACUUCACCCACAGGUUCAGGGCCCACCUCGCCAAAGUGUUCCUCUGCUGUCGCCCGCGGCAACCUGGAGCUGCCAAUGAGGGGGCGGGGGUGGGGUCGGGGGCGGGGCCUGGCACCGUCCAUAACAGUUCUAACAGCCUCUGGAAGGAGGGGGUGA